UCCCGGUCGGGUUGUGGGAGAGACUGCCUCGGCGUUGGGGGCCGGGUGCGGCUCGGCUGUGGCGGACUCUCACUUCCUGCUCCAUCCCCGGCUGGGCCCUGGGGCGGUGAGUGACCCAGGGAGGGAGACUGCUGCAGGAGCCCACGCGCUGCUGAGGAGAGUGGAGGGGGCCCGCCCCGCACCCCGACGUUGUCUCUGCGGGAUCCCGGCGCUCGCCUUUCGGAGCCCCCGGGCUUGCUGAGGUGUGGGGACAGGAACUGAUGACCCAUGAUGAUGUGGCUGGGGACUUCAGGAAAGAGUGAGUUACCUGGACACUGCUUAGAGAAUCCUCUUCAGGGAUGCCACCCAGCACAGUUAGAGGAAUGGGCUCUCAAAGGGAUUUCUAGACCAAGUGUAAUCACCCAGCUGGAUCACAAAGAAACACCAUGGGUCCUACCAUUCCAAAACUUUGAGGCAAGGAAGAUCCUAAAGGAAAGUCACACAGACUUUGGGCAUCAGGUGGCAAAACUCAAUCAGGACAUUUCCGAAACAGCAAAACAAUGUGGAAAAUCCUCAGAAAGGACCAAUAAAAAUAUUUUUCAUACUCCUAGUUGGGGAAGAAACUGGGAAAGGAGCCCUGAAUUAGAACGGCAACAUGGAACCCUUCCAGGAGAGGGCCAGCAAGAGCCCUUUUCACAGGAGAUGGAUUUAAACAAGCUCCUGGAUGGAUAUGUAGGAAAGAAGCCUAUGUGUGCGGAAUGUGGAAAAAGCUUUAACCAGAGUUCCUAUCUCAAAAGACACCUAAGAACCCAUACUGGUGAGAGACCUUAUAAGUGCAUCGAGUGUGGGAAAGGCUUCAAACAGAGUUCUGAUCUUGUCACCCAUCGCAGAACACACACAGGAGAGAAGCCCUACCAAUGCAAUGGGUGUGAGAAAAAAUUCAGCGAUAGCUCAACGCUCAUCAAACAUCAGAGAACCCACACUGGUGAGAGACCUUACGAGUGCCCAGAGUGUGGGAAGACUUUUGGGCGGAAGCCACACCUCACAAUGCACCAAAGAACCCACACAGGAGAGAAGCCCUACACGUGCCUCGAAUGUCAUAAAAGGUUUAGUCGAAGCUCAAAUUUCAUCACCCACCAGAGGACCCACACAGGGGUGAAACCUUACAGGUGUAAUGACUGUGGGGAGAGUUUUAGCCAGAGCUCGGAUCUGAUUAAGCACCAACGAACCCACACAGGAGAACGGCCUUUUAAAUGCCCGGAGUGCGGGAAGGGCUUCAGAGACAGUUCUCAUUUUGUAGCUCACAUGUGUACUCAUUCAGGAGAGAGACCUUUCAGUUGUCCUGACUGCCACAAAAGUUUCAGUCAGAGCUCACAUCUGGUCACACACCAGAGGAUACACACAGGUGAGAGACCUUUUAAGUGUGACAACUGUGGCAAAGGGUUUGCCGACAGCUCUGCCCUCAUUAAGCACCAACGGAUUCACACAGGAGAAAGACCCUACAAAUGUGCUGUCCUGGAUAAUGAGAGACUCACUGCAGAGGAGAUGGAUGAAAGGAGACGUCAAAAUGUGGCUUAUGAGUACCUUUGUCAUUUGGAAGAAGCAAAGAGGUGGAUGGAAGCAUGCCUAGGGGAAGAUCUACCUCCCACGACAGAACUGGAGGAGGGGCUUAGGAAUGGGGUCUACCUUGCUAAACUAGGAAACUUCUUCUCUCCCAGAGUGGUGUCUCUGAAAAAAAUCUAUGAUCGAGAGCAAACCAGAUACAAGGCAACUGGCCUCCACUUUAGACACACUGAUAAUGUGAUUCAGUGGUUGAAUGCCAUGGAUGAGAUUGGAUUGCCUAAGAGCAAAGUGCUGAAGUUCUCUUCCUUGCUACUGAUUUUUUACCCAGAAACCACAGAUAUCUAUGAUCGAAAGAACAUGCCAAGAUGUAUCUACUGUAUCCAUGCACUCAGUUUGUACCUGUUCAAACUAGGCCUGGCUCCUCAGAUUCAAGACCUAUAUGGAAAGGUUGACUUCACAGAAGAAGAAAUCAACAACAUGAAGAUUGAACUGGAGAAGUAUGGGAUUCAGAUGCCUGCCUUCAGCAAGAUCGGGGGUAUUCUGGCUAAUGAACUCUCAGUGGAUGAAGCUGCAUUACAUGCUGCUGUUAUUGCUAUUAAUGAAGCUGUUGACCGAAGAAUUCCCGCCGACACGUUUGCAGCUUUGAAAAAUCCCAAUGCCAUGCUUGUAAAUCUUGAAGAGCCCUUGGCGUCCACUUACCAGGAUGCACUUUACCAGGCCAAACAGGACAAAAUGACAAAUGCUAAAAACAGGACAGAAAACUCUGAGAGAGAAAGGGACGUUUAUGAGGAGCUGCUCACUCAAGCUGAAAUUCAAGGCAAUAUAAACAAAGUUAAUACAUUUUCUGCAUUAGCAAAUAUUGACCUAGCUUUAGAGCAGGGAGCUGCACUGGCCUUGUUCAAGGCUUUGCAGUCACCAGCUCUGGGUCUUCGAGGACUGCAGCAACAGAAUAGUGACUGGUACUUGAAGCAGCUCCUGAAUGAUAAACAGCAGAAGAGACAGAGUGGACAGGCUGAUCCCCUGCAGAAAGAGGAGCUUCAGUCUGGAGUGGAUGCUGCAAACACUGCUGCUCAGCAAUAUCAGAGAAGAUUGGCAGCAGUGGCAGCAAUUAAUGCUGCAAUCCAGAAGGGUGUUGCUGAGAAGACUGUUUUAGAACUAAUGAAUCCUGAAGCCCAGCUGCCCCAGGUGUAUCCAUUUGCUGCUGAUCUUUAUCAGAAGGAGCUGGCUACCCUGCAGCAACAGAGUCCUGAACAUAGCCUCACCCAUCCGGAGCUCUCUGUUGCAGUGGAGAUGUUGUCAUCAGUGGCCCUAAUCAACAGGGCAUUGGAAUCAGGAGACAUGAAUACAGUGUGGAAGCAACUGAGCAGUUCAGUUACAGGCCUUACCAAUAUUGAGGAAGAAAACUGUCAGAGGUAUCUCGAUGAGUUGAUGAAACUGAAAGCUCAGGCACAUGCAGAGAAUAAUGAAUUUAUUACAUGGAAUGACAUCCAAGCUUGUGUGGACCAUGUGAACCUGGUGGUGCAAGAGGAACAUGAGAGGAUUUUAGCCAUUGGUUUAAUUAAUGAAGCCCUGGAUGAAGGUGAUGCCCAAAAGACUCUGCAGGCUCUGCAGAUUCCUGCAGCUAAACUUGAGGGAGUCAUUGCAGAAGUGGCCCAGCAUUACCAAGACACACUGAUUAGAGCAAAGAGAGAGAAAGCCCAGGAAAUCCAGGAUGAGUCAGCUGUAUUAUGGUUGGAUGAAAUUCAAGGUGGAAUCUGGCAGUCUAACAAAGACACUGAGGAAGCACAGAGGUUUGCCUUAGGAGUCUUUGCCAUUAAUGAGGCAGUAGAAAGUGGCAAUGUUGGCAAAACACUGAGUGCCCUUCGAUCCCCUGAUGUUGGCUUAUAUGGCGUCAUCCCUGAAUGUGGUGAAACUUACCAGAGUGACCUUGCUGAAGCCAAGAAGAAAAAACUGGCAGCAGGAGAUAAUAACAGCAAAUGGGUAAAGCACUGGGUGAAAGGUGGAUAUUAUUAUUACCACAAUCUGGAGACCCAGGAAGGUGGAUGGGAUGAGCCCUCAGACUUUGUGCAGAAUUCUAUGCAACUUUCUCGUGAGGAGAUCCAGAGUUCCAUCUCUGGGGUGACUGCUGCAUAUAACCGAGAACAGCUUUGGCUAGCCAACGAAGGCUUGAUCACAAAGCUGCAGGCUUGCUGCCGUGGAUAUUUAGUUCGACAGGAAUUCCGAUCCAGGAUGAACUUCCUGAAGAAACAAAUUCCUGCCAUCACCUGCAUUCAGUCGCAGUGGAGAGGAUAUAAGCAGAAGAAGGCAUAUCAAGAUCGUUUAGCUUACCUGCGCUCCCAUAAAGAUGAAGUUGUGAAGAUUCAGUCCCUGGCAAGGAUGCAUCAAGCUAGAAAGCGCUACAGAGAUCGCCUACAGUAUUUCCGAGAUCAUAUAAAUGACAUUGUUAAAAUCCAGGCUUUUAUUCGGGCAAACAAAGCUCGUGAUGACUACAAGACUCUCAUCAAUGCUGAGGAUCCUCCUCUGAUUGUGGUCCGGAAAUUUGUUCACCUGCUAGACCAAAGCGACCAGGAUUUUCAGGAGGAGCUUGAUCUUAUGAAGAUGAGGGAAGAGGUUAUCACCCUCAUUCGUUCUAACCAACAGCUGGAGAAUGACCUCAAUCUCAUGGAUAUCAAAAUUGGGCUGCUAGUGAAAAAUAAAAUUACACUGCAGGACGUGGUUUCCCACAGUAAAAAACUUACCAAAAAAAAUAAGGAACAACUGUCUGAUAUGAUGAUGAUAAAUAAACAGAAGGGAGGUCUCAAGGCUUUGAGCAAGGAGAAGAGAGAGAAAUUAGAAGCUUAUCAGCACCUGUUUUAUUUAUUGCAGACCAAUCCCACCUAUCUGGCCAAGCUGAUUUUUCAGAUGCCCCAGAACAAGUCUACCAAGUUCAUGGACUCUGUAAUCUUCACCCUUUACAACUACGCAUCCAACCAGAGAGAGGAAUACCUACUCCUACGACUCUUUAAGACAGCACUCCAGGAGGAAAUUAAGUCAAAGGUAGAUCAAAUUCAAGAGAUUGUGACAGGAAAUCCUACGGUUAUUAAGAUGGUUGUAAGUUUCAACCGUGGUGCCCGGGGCCAGAAUGCCCUGAGACAGAUCUUGGCCCCAGUCGUGAAGGAGAUUAUGGAUGACAAAUCUCUCAAUAUCAAAACUGACCCUGUGGAUAUUUAUAAAUCUUGGGUUAAUCAAAUGGAGUCUCAGACAGGAGAGGCAAGCAAAUUGCCCUAUGAUGUGACCCCCGAGCAGGCUCUGGCUCAUGAAGAAGUCAAGACACGGCUAGACAACUCCAUUAGGAACAUGCGGGCUGUGACAGACAAGUUCCUCUCAGCCAUUAUCAGCUCUGUGGACAAAAUCCCUUAUGGGAUGCGCUUCAUUGCCAAAGUGCUGCAGGACUCAUUGCACGAGAAGUUCCCUGAUGCCGGUGAGGAUGAGCUGCUGAAGAUUAUUGGUAACUUGCUUUACUAUCGAUACAUGAAUCCAGCCAUUGUUGCUCCUGAUGCCUUUGACAUCAUUGACCUGUCAGCAGGAGGCCAGCUUACCACAGACCAACGCCGAAAUCUUGGCUCUAUUGCAAAGAUGCUCCAGCAUGCAGCUUCCAAUAAGAUGUUUCUGGGAGAUAAUGCUCACUUAAGCAUCAUUAAUGAAUAUCUUUCCCAGUCCUACCAGAAAUUCAGACGGCUUUUCCAAACUGCUUGUGAUGUCCCAGAGCUUCAGGAUAAAUUUAAUGUGGAUGAGUACUCUGAUUUAGUAACCCUCACCAAACCAGUUAUCUACAUUUCUAUUGGCGAAAUCAUCAACACCCACACUCUCCUGUUAGAUCACCAGGAUGCCAUUGCUCCAGAGCACAAUGAUCCGAUCCAUGAGCUACUGGAUGACCUUGGCGAGGUGCCCACCAUUGAGUCCCUGAUAGGGGAAAGCUCUGGCAACUUAAAUGACCCAAAUAAGGAGGCAUUGGCUAAGACAGAAGUAUCUCUCACACUGACCAACAAGUUUGAUGUGCCUGGAGAUGAGAAUGCAGAAAUGGAUGCACGGACCAUCUUACUGAACACAAAACGUUUAAUUGUGGAUGUCAUCCGGUUCCAGCCAGGAGAGACCUUGACUGAAAUCCUAGAAACACCAGCCACCAGUGAACAGGAAGCAGAACAUCAGAGGGCCAUGCAGAGACGUGCUAUCCGUGAUGCCAAAACUCCUGACAAGAUGAAAAAGUCAAAAUCUGUAAAGGAAGACAGCAACCUCACUCUUCAAGAGAAGAAAGAAAAGAUCCAGACAGGCUUAAAGAAGCUAACAGAGCUUGGGACAGUGGACCCAAAAAACAGAUACCAGGAACUGAUCAAUGACAUUGCUAAGGAUAUUCGAAAUCAGCGGAGGUAUCGACAGAGGAGAAAGGCUGAACUGGUGAAAUUACAACAAACGUAUGCUGCUCUUAACUCCAAGGCCACCUUUUAUGGGGAGCAGGUGGAUUACUAUAAAAGCUAUAUUAAAACCUGCUUGGAUAACUUAGCCAGCAAGGGCAAGGUCUCCAAAAAGCCUAGGGAAAUGAAAGGAAAGAAAAGCAAAAAGAUUUCUCCGAAAUAUACAGCAGCAAGACUACAUGAAAAAGGAGUUCUUCUGGAAAUUGAGGACCUGCAAGUGAAUCAGUUUAAAAAUGUUAUCUUUGAAAUCAGUCCAACAGAAGAAGUUGGAGACUUUGAAGUGAAAGCCAAAUUCAUGGGAGUGCAAAUGGAGACUUUUAUGUUACAUUAUCAGGACCUGCUGCAGCUACAAUAUGAAGGAGUCGCUGUCAUGAAAUUAUUUGAUAGAGCUAAAGUAAAUGUCAACCUCCUGAUCUUCCUUCUCAACAAAAAAUUCUACGGGAAGUAAUUGGCCAUUUUCUGCCAGCCCAGAAGGAUGAAGGAAAGCAGCACUUCACGGCUGCCUUUCUCAGGUCCUUCUUUCUUGAUUGAAAGCAAAGACCCAGCCCACAACAGUGCCUCGAUCUGAUACACUUCCAAUGCCAAAUUUUUAACUCCUCUCGCCAAUGGGACAUUUGUUGCCCUUUUUUCAUAGUGAAUUGUAUUUCAGUCUUACUCUGACACUUCUGGUUCCUUCAUUUUCUUCUGUCACUUAGGAAAGAGGAAACUCCACUAAAAUCUCUCUGUUGUUACAGUCUUAGAAGUUGCAUUACUAUGUUAUAGCUUUAGUGUUUGUUUUAAUUAGCAAUAAGGAUGGUGGGAUUCAAAUUUUUGUUAAAAUAAGUAGAAGCUAUUAUCAGUAACAUACAUACAUAUAUGAUACACAAUUAAAAUGUCAUGCUAUUGACAGUUAUUAGGUUGUCAUUUAAAAGUGAAGUUCCUUUAUAUUUCUGUCCCAUCAGUAAAAUUGAAGGAUAUAGGGGAUGGGCGUGGGGGCGGUCAUUGGUUCUCUUCCAUUCCGUUGUCCUUUAUGGACAGGAGCUAAUAGAAGUCAUUGUUGUGUUCAAAGAAAGCAUUUCUAGAAAAAAGAUAUUGUUUUUAAAUUUCAUCAUCAAAUUUGGGUAACUCUGUUAGUGUAACUCCCUUACAAGUGGAUGAGAGAGUUCCAUUGAUAAAAUUCAGCUAUUUAGGUAAAUUCAGAAUGGGCUGAGGCACCUGCCUGUUUGUAUUGGUGCGUAGAGAUUGACUCGAUUCAAAGAGACAGUCCACUUCAUCCCUACAGCAAAGGAAUGGGUUAGCGCUGCUGUAGAAUGUAAUUAUUUUCAAAACUGUUUUAUAUCUUAAGAGUGCCUUAUUAAAGCAUAGAUGUUUUUCUUAAAAUGUGGAUGAUAGGAAUUUUAAAGAUUUAUAUAAUGCUUCAAAAGCCUUUAGGAUACUAUAAGACAAGGGUGUUUUUUCUUUUAAUUGGUUUAUCUGUAUAUCUGAACUCUUAAAACUUUCUUAUAGCUAAAACACUAGGAUUUAUCUGCAGGGUUGUGGAGAGAUAAUCCUGCCUUAAAUAGUUUAAAACAAAAACAAAACCAGCCAACCCAUGUUAUACUUGAGAUUAAGAUAAUUUUUUUCAGGGCAGCCCCAUGGCUCACUCGGGAGAGUGCGGCACUGGUAGCGCCAAGGCCGCGGGUUCGGAUCCUACGUAGGGAUGGCCCGUGCGCUCACUGGCUGAGCGUGGUGCUGACAACACCUUGCCAGAGGUUGCAAUCCCCUUACUGGUCAAAAAAAAAAAAAAAGAUAAUUUUUUUCUCAUUUCUUUUUCUUUUCUCUUUCUGCCCACAUUGUCCCUUUAUUUUAUGAACCCCAGUUUUCUGGGCUUAGUCAAAAUCAAUUCAAUUCUAAAUAUUGAAUUUAGGAAGCUUUUGUUCUUAGAUAAAAAGUUAUAUACUUUUUUAAAAAACCUGGAAAAUAUAUUGAAGUUAUGCUACUGAGCCUUUGUUUUCUCUGAAGUUUUGGUUCAGUAUUCUUUUAUCAUAAAACAUAAAACUUAACAUAGUAAACUAACAUUUAAAAAUAAGCUGAUAUAUAUAUUUAAAGCCAAUAAACUUUUAAUUAAUAACAAAUUAUGUGUUGUGUCCCUCUUACAAAUGUAAGUAUUGGAGAAGUGUUUUUCAUGAUAGACUGUUUAUCCCGUCAGGUCCACAGGUGCAGCCUACAGGGAGGCGCGGAGUGCCAUGGAAGGAUUCACCACUUCCUUGACUUUGUUUUUUGUAUUUUGAAAGGCAAUUUUUUUAGUAAAUAUUUUCCUCAGAUUAAAAGAAAGAUGCUAUUAUAGCUAGCAUCACCCCACAUAGUGGAACCAACCAAAGUGUGUCAACCUUUUUUCCUUAAAAGAGGAUAUGCAUUCCAAAUGCUUGUCCCGAAGGCCACAUCCAAGACAGAUAAUAAUGAGUGAAGUUUACAACUCCUUUAAUAAAAUACGUGUUUCAAUUAUUUGUAAGGAUUCCAGUUCCCUUAAUACAACCUCUAAUGCAAAAUAGUGCAAAAUGCCCUUUAAGAAUUUUGAUAACUAUAGAAUUGUGGUUUUAAUAGCAUGGAGAAUGCCCCAACAAACUCUUGAGUCAUGGCAUUGAAACUUUGUAGUUCUUAUUACUUUUAUUUUUUAGCUAUAACAUUCUAUCUCAUCUCUCUUCUUCUUUGACCUUCUUUUCAUCCAGCUCAUGACAUUUACCAUGAAUUUACUUCCUCCCAAGAAUUUGGACUGCCCAUCAGAUUGUUGCUACACACAAUUGC